UUCGACAUUUUCUUACCAUUGGCGAAAUACGAGUCUAGCAGUGAACAACUCCGCUAAAGCAACCAUCACAGUUUUUUCCUCGAAAAGUGUUAAGUAAAACGCAAACAAGUAAAAAAUGGCCCCGAAAACAAGUGGAAAGGCAGCGAAGAAGUCCGGAAAGGCGCAGAAGAAUAUCUCGAAGUCCGACAAGAAGAAGAAGCGCAAGACUCGCAAGGAAAGCUACGCCAUUUACAUCUAUAAGGUGCUGAAGCAGGUCCAUCCCGAUACCGGCAUCUCGUCGAAGGCUAUGAGCAUCAUGAACAGUUUCGUGAACGAUAUCUUCGAGCGGAUUGCGGCGGAAGCGUCCCGGUUGGCCCAUUACAACAAGCGCUCGACGAUCACGUCCCGGGAGAUACAGACGGCGGUCCGACUACUGUUGCCGGGUGAGCUGGCCAAGCACGCCGUGUCCGAGGGAACGAAGGCUGUGACGAAGUACACCAGCUCCAAGUAAACAUCCGGUCGCUCGCUUGAACGAAGGGAGGAAAUGGAAUUCUUACAAGAUGUCGUGUCCAAGACGCUCCAGCAAGGAAAGAUGGAGCAGCAGUAGCAGCAGCAGUAGCAGUAGCAGCUUCGAAUCGACAAGUUCCAUUCAGCCUCCAUCUGAAGCACGAGAGACAAACCCAACACACAUCAGUACACACACUAUUAGCCGUUAAGCGUUUCUAACUAGCAUGUAAGUUUUCUUUGGAAUUAUUUUACGAAUCGUAAUAACCAAAACAAUGUAAUGUAAUAGUGGGACUACACGCGUAGUCGGAUCAAGCUCGAAGAAUAAAACUGUAUGUACAUACUACAAGUAAA